GCAACCCCUGACUUAUAUUUUAGUUUCCACUAAGUUUCAAGUAACUCGCUCAUCGAAAUGUCAGCCAAACGAAAUGUAAGUCCUCAAAAAAACCAAAAAUACAAGGACAAGACCAAGCGGAAUCCCCCUGACAUAAAACCCAUUCUCUGUCCGGACAUUGUCAAGCCCAAGAAGGAAAAGAAGUUAGAGGAAGGGGAAGUUCUGGAUUGUCAACGACCCAAAAGCUACACCUCUCCGGCUGAGAAGCGGCAGUAUCUGGAGAAGGAGGUGGUGCCCAUCCUAAUGGAGGGCAUGUUAGGACUGUCACGUGAGAUGCCACGCGAUCCCAUCGGCUAUUUGGAGAAGUUCUGGCUCCAGAAAAAGCAGAAGUGUGACAUCGAUCUGCCACAGAAUAUACUCUGAUCGAUGUCUAGUGCAGUUCCAAUCAAAUUUCAAAUUACAGAAUGAUUAAAUAAAUGUUUAUGACGCGGUGUUA